ACAUUAUAUCUAUUCCGCUUCCGGUACUAUGAUGACAGAUUAACUAUCUCCAAUUUGUGUAUAUUUUUUCCUUUCUUAGAUACUAAAAUACUUGAUAAAAACAUGUUCGUUGGAUAUUUACUUUUGCCACUAUUUUGCCUACAAUUGUCAUAUGUUGCUGAAGGUCUAAGAACGGUUUAUAUGUAUAAAAACAAUUGUAGAGAUCCAAAUAGCUAUACAGAAAAUCCAGGUGUUAUACAUGUUAUUGACUCUAUUAAAUUGGAAUUAGUUGAACAAAUUCCGAAUGAAAUGAUCGCAUGCUAUUCAAUUUUACAAGCCCAUCAAAAUCAAACUCACAGUAAACGUCAUCUUCGAAUGUACUUUGAAAAAGUCAGAAUUGAUGAUCGAACGCAAACAAACGAUGGUGUUGAAAUAUAUGCCGGGUUUUCAAAGCAAAAACGUCUUACUAAAAGUCAUUAUGGAGUUUACGGUAAUUAUGAUAGAAUAGGAAGGAAAUGGAAAGGAAGUGAAGAUGUUUUAAUGGAAUAUGCCAGUUUUCCCUCUUCAGACUUAGCAUUGUUUUUUCAAGGAAAAAUCACUUCAGAGUUUACAGGCUUUAUAGCAAUUGUAACAGCCUUCUCAAUACCAAACUAUGAAGUCAAAAUGUGUCAAGAAGGUGAAUUCUUGUGUAGAUUAUCUGGAAUAUGCAUAUCAAGAAAUCUUUUGUGCGACGGUUACAUGCAUUGUGGAUUAGAAGAUAACUCAAACAAUGAAAAUUGUGACACUAGCGAUAUACCAGGGAGGAAACAAUAUCAAAAGACCUAUAGAUCUAUAGAUAUUGGUUUAGUACUCGGUUGCAUCGUAGCUAUAUUUAUUCUUCUUGUAGCUGUUUUAUGGCUGGGAAUAGUCUGUAUUCAAAGAUCAAAAUUAACUAAUUCUAAUUCAUCGAGGAGGGAAAAUAGUCAAAAUACUCAAGUAGAAAGAGCCUCAAUUGCAGAGAAUGUUUUAGUCACACCGGCUAUAAUAGCCCCAUUUUGGGAGCCUCCCCCCCUUUAUCAAGAGGAGAUUGACGCUAGUAGUGUCAGAAACAGUUCAACUUUUGAAUUACCACCUCCCUAUCAACAACAUAGUAGAAGAGAAGCAGAGGAUUGUUUAGAUCUGGUAUCAAACGAUGUUCUAGCAGAAGAAUAUGCUAAUAUACACAAUAAUAGAUUGGUCCCAAACGAUAGCGAUACAGAAGAAACAGAAGUGGACGAUGAUAAAGACGACGAUGUUGCACCACGAGUUUAG